CUCGGCGAGUAGCGGACCAACGCGGGUUGCGAGGCCCCUCCCGCCCCUCCUCGAGGCCUUAUAGGCCUCGGUGCAGCUUGGCCAGAGCGCCCAGGACCCCCGGGCUCCAGCGCCGUGACUCAGUCAUCUUGUCCAGAGUGCCUUUCUCCGCCGUCCCCUCUGGGCCCCUCGCGUGCUGUCACUCACUGUCGCUCCGUGUCCCCGUCCGUCCGCAGGCCCGGCACCAUGGCUGCCUUCCGCUCCGGCCUGCUGGUGCUGACGGCGCCGCUGCCCGCGCUGGCCCCGCGCCUGGCGCCUCUGCUGAGCUCGGCCGCGGGUCUGGUGAACCACACGCUCUACGUCCACCUACAGCCUGGCCUGACCCUGGCGGGCCCCGCGCAGCCGCACCCCGGCCCGGUGCCCGCCACCUUCGAGGUCCUCGACGUCCUCUCGCUGCUCUACGCGGGCGCCGACCGCCACCGCGGUCUGGACGUGCGCGUGCUGCUGAGCAACGUGCAGGCCAAGAGCGCCCUGGCGCCCGCGCCCGUGGGCUCCGUGCAGAACCUGGCGCACCCGCCGGAGGUGGUGCUUACCGACUUCCAGGCCCGCGACGGCAGCCAGUACAACCCGGUGAAGCAGCAGCUGGAGCGCUACGCCACCAGCUGUUACAGCUGUUGCCCGCAGCUGUCGUCCGUGCUGCUGCACCCCGAUCACGGGACGGGAGAGCUGCCCGCGGAGCCCCUGGACGUCCCCUUGCCCGCCACCAUCAGGCCUGCGUCCCCCGUGGCCAGAUCCCCAAAGCAGCCCGUGCCCGGCUACCAGCGCGGCGCCCUGGGCGGCACCUUCGACCGCCUGCACAACGCCCACAAGGUGCUGCUCAGCGUCGCCUGCGUCCUGGCCCAGGAGCGGCUGGUGGUAGGAGUGGCGGACAAGGACCUGUUGAAGAGCAAGGUGCUCCCUGAGCUGCUCCAGCCUUAUGCAGACCGUGUGGAACACCUGAGUGAGUUCCUGGUGGACGUCAAGCCCUCCUUGACUUUUGAUAUCGUCCCCCUGGUGGACCCCUAUGGGCCCGCGGGCUCUGAUGCCUUGCUGGAGUUCCUGGUGGUCAGCGAGGAGACCUAUCGUGGGGGGAUGGCCGUCAACCGCUUCCGACUGGAGCAUGUAACCCCUGGCUUGGAGGAGCUGGUCUUGUACCAGAUCCAGCUGCUGAAGGACCAAAGUCACAAGGAAAAUGAAGAAGACAAAGUCAGCUCCUCCAGCUUCCGCCAGCGAAUGUUGGGCACCCUGCUGAGGCCCCCAAAUAAGAGGCCAGAGCUCCCACCCUGCCUGUACGUGCUUGGCCUGACGGGCAUCAGCGCCUCUGGGAAGAGCUCUGUUGCUCGGAGGCUGAGGAGCCUGGGGGCGUAUGUCAUCGACAGUGACCAGCUGGGCCAUCGGGCCUAUGCUCCGGGAGGCUCCGCCUACCAGCCCGUGGUGGAGGCCUUCGGAACGGACAUUCUCCAUAAAGAUGGCGUCAUCAACAGGAAGGUCCUAGGCAGCCGGGUGUUCGGGAACAAGAAGCAGCUGAAGGUCCUCACAGACAUCGUGUGGCCAGUGAUCACCAAGCUGGCCCUAGAGGAGAUGGACCGGGCUGUGGCCCAGGGGAAGACAGUGUGUGUCCUCGAUGCCGCCGUGUUGCUGGAAGCCGGCUGGCAGGACAUGGUGCAUGAAGUGUGGACCGUGGUCAUCCCCGAGACUGAGGCUGUGCGCCGCAUCAUGGAGAGGGACGGGCUGAGCGAGGCUGCCGCCCACAGCCGGCUGCAGAGCCAGAUGAGCGGGCAGCAGCUGGUGGGCCAGAGCCACGUGGUGCUGAGCACUCUGUGGGCGCCGCACAUCACCCAGCAGCAGGUGGAACGAGCCUGGGAUCUGCUGCAGAAACGCCUCCCUGAGACUCUUCGCGCCCGGGACUGACCGUGCGACCCCUGGGGGCCCAUAGGGGCCCCUGGAGCCCCCGGAGAGCCGUACAGAGGAGGCAGCGGUCCUCAGGUCUCAGGCCGGGAGCUUCGUUCCGGGCUGUGCAGGACACGGCUGGCCUGGGGGGCACCGGGGCGGCCAUGGUGGGGACAGGCAGUGGGGAGCAGGCCCAGGGCUCCCCGACACAGGCCGGGUCUGCUGCCCGGCUGCGGGCCAGGGAGUCUGGAGCGCGGCACAGAAUUAAAGUGGAUGUGUGCAGA